GAGAGUCUGUUUGCCAGUCCUGACAGGCUAUUGUACCAGCUGAUCACCGUCACCACUGGAAUAGUAUCCACCUUGUAUUUAUAAGGCGCCUCUUGAACCUAAGUUUACAUAUUCCGAUGUUGAGCCAAAUGUGUGGGUGCUCGACUGAAGCUAGCCAACUCCUCAGGGUCGUCUGUGGAGGAAGGAAGCGUGCUGAAUACUUACUCACGUCUUUUAGACCCUCGACAGAUAUCCUCGUCUUCACCUAAUGGUUGCAAGAUGACGAGACGGCGACUACAUGGCGCAAAAUUACUCUGACACGAGAUUCGUCACAAAGUAACCAUCGCCAGGAAAUAUUUAAAUCAUUUAUGCUCUCUGAGAAGUUGCUUCAGAGAUUAGCAGAGAGUUCCAAUCAUGCGGUUUUGUAUAAAAAAGCGACAUGUUCCCUUGCUGGUCAUGACCUUCCUAAUGGCAGCGUUGGUUUACCUGUUGAUCACAGGUGAACGAGAAGAACGAUACAUUAUGAAAAUGCUGGGCCUGCAGGGUGGACGUGAAGCGCUCGGGGAGAGGGUGAUGCCCACUGUGACACCGCUGGUCGACAUGAGCUUCUCCUCCUUGAGCCUGCACGACAUUAAGCGGUAUAUCGCCCGUUACAACGAGAUCCAGCCAGUCCAGAACGCAGACAAGUUUGUGUUCGACAACAGCAACACCGGCAUCGUCUUCGUCAUCCAGGUGCAUACCCGUUACGAAGAGCUGCAGCUGCUCGUGAACACUCUGGAAAAGGUCAAGGGCAUCCACACGUGUCUGCUGCUCUUUAGUCAUGACGUCAUCAACGAAACUUUUAAUCAGUAUAUUUCCAAGAUAACCUUUGCCCCCGUGCUCCAAAUCUUCUUUCCCUUUUCUACGCAGCUGUACCCACACGUCUUCCCGGGUACGCAUCCCAACGACUGCUCGAGGGACGACACAUUAACAGCCGCGCAGGAGAAGGGGUGCAACAACGCCAACUACCCGGAUGGUCACGGACACUACCGCAGGAGUCAGGUGACUCAGAUGAAGCACCACUGGAUUUGGAUGCUGCGUUUCGCGUUCGAGAACGUUCGAAUGUUGCGGCAGUUCAAAGGCGUGGUCGUGCAGCUGGACGACGAUUGCUACGUCGUGGAGGACACGGUGCACGUGCUUCGGAAGUCCGCGGUGCUGAUGAGCAGGGACUGCCCAGACUGCAUCGUGGUGUUAGCAGCGCCCUUCCGGUUGCCGCCUGAAGCGCACCUACUGAGGGGCAACAGGAAGAGGUCAGCGACUAUGUGGAAGAAGGCCUGGAGGACCGGGUCGUGUGUGGGGCUGUCGUUCAGUUCCUACAUCUGGCAGCAGCUGCGAGGCUGCUCCGCCACCUUCUGUCGGGUGGAUGACUACAACUGGGACUGGUCGCUCUUGCACACGGCGCACACGUGUUUUGAGAACCGAUUCCUGAAAGUUCUGCAACCACAGCUCGGCAGAGUUCAUCACACGGGGGUCUGCCGAGGCACCCACGUAGUUAACCAGGAGGCCACAACUUGCACCCUGAAGCAGGUUCAGCAGAUGAUCGAGGCCUCGCUCAGAAUGAAAGAGCUGUUUCCCGAAAAUAUUAGGGUUGUUGAUCUGGCUUUGGAGAAAACCUUCGACAGUUAUACCCCUUGGGGCGGGUGGAGCGAUCCUCGCGACCUGGCGCUUUGUGAAAAACUGUUUCACGAUGAUUCGCACGUCGAUUUGCUACAAAUUCACCUCCUGGUCACAGCUGCUAACAAUACAGUGUAAAUAUAACGAACAGAAUAAGUAACUAUUAUUUAACAAACUGGAAGAAAAGCCUUAUUUAAUUCCUAACGAGAAUCGGUUAAUAUUAAGCUUUCCCUGACGAAAAGUUUAAAGUUUCAGGCAUGAAACCCUAACCCUACAAUUGCCAUGUAAAAGUGUAAACAGGGGCGGAGCAAGGCCCUCGGCUACAGACAACUACUGCGCCCCACUUCACACCAAUGAACUAUUUAUCAACAAAAAUAUUGGAAUGAUUCUACGUUUAGGCUUAACUCUAUUUUCCUAACUGAAAAUAUAAAUAAUAAACAUAACUCUAGA